AAUUUGGCGUAGUUUCGCGUUUCUUUGAUUUUUUGUUCAGCCGACGGGUGAAACGACGGUCGAAAGACGAGUGCGUUUGCGAACACAGAGUCAAAUAGAGACAUUAAGCUGGAAAGCAUCACAGCGAUCUUGUGAUGUGAACUCCCGAAGAGAAGUGAACGAUUGCUAUGUGUGAGUGAAUGCGUUCUUGUUGACUUUGUCACGAUUGGAAAAGACUGUUGAAUGUUGAUGCGUUUGGUAUAACUGAGGCAAUCUGCUGGAACUGUGUUAGGUGCAACGAGAUUCAUCUUUAAACAUCCCCAUUGAUCAAGGAGAAACGGACGUUGGAAAGGAUACGGAAGAAGGAUCAACAUCGCAAGUGUGGCACUGUGUGCUGAUAGAGAAAACGGGAGUGUGAGUUUGCGAGAGUGUGGCUAGAAUUUGAGAAGGGUUGCAAAUAUUUCCGUUUCUUUGGGGUGAAUAUAAGCUAGAAAGUGCGAAGUGUGCUGAUAUUCGCGGGUCGUGCGCAUCUAUCACAGAACGUUGUUGCCAUCGUAGAAGCGAACGUGUUAAGCUGAAAGGACAAUCAAUUUUGUAAACAAGGAACCGAGUGCGUGCAUGAGAUAUAAGCUACUGACUACUGUACCUAAAGUCGGAACGAGAUGUCCAUGGUAAUGAUUCGUAUGGAGGAAGCCAACAAGUUGUUGGAUUUUUCCCAAAAGCUUGAUAUUGGCUUGCUGGACAGCGUCGUUGAGUGUCUGUAUAACAGUACUGGGGAACAACUACGAUUGGCUCAGAAUGUGUUGACCACACUGAAGGAACAUCCGGAUGCGUGGACUAGAGUCGAUAGUAUACUAGAAUUUUCUCAAAAUCAGCAGACUAAAUUUUACGCUCUGCAAAUUCUCGAAGAGGUCAUCAAAACCCGCUGGAAAAUCCUGCCCAGAAAUCAAUGCGAAGGAAUAAAGAAAUAUGUGGUCGGAUUGAUUAUCAAAACUUCGCAAGAUGCCACUGUAAUGGAAGCGAACAAAGUUUACCUGAACAAACUCAACAUUAUUCUGGUGCAGAUUUUAAAACGCGAAUGGCCGAACAAUUGGGAAACUUUCAUCAGUGACAUCGUGGGUGCAUCGAAAACAAACGAAACCCUCUGCCAAAACAACAUGAUCAUUUUAAAGUUACUGAGCGAGGAAGUUUUUGAUUUCUGUUCAGGUCAAAUCACCCAGACAAAGGCAAAACAUCUGAAAGAUACCAUGUGCUCGGAAUUUUCUCAAGUUUUCCAGUUAUGUCAGUUCGUGUUAGAAAACUCAUUAAACGCUCCACUGAUUUCAGCCACGCUGGAAACCCUUCUGAAAUUUUUGAACUGGAUUCCACUGGGAUACAUAUUUGAGACAAAGUUGAUCGACAUGCUGGUCUGCCGCUUUCUGACGAUACCGAUGUUCCGUAACAUCACGCUAAAAUGUCUCUCUGAGAUUGCUGGUCUGCAGCUGGCUAACUACGGACACAUUUUCGUAGCAAUGUUCAAGCAAACUAUGGAACAGUUCGAUAUCAUGAUACCAGCCUGCACCAACAUGAAUCAGAUCUACAUGAAUGGCUCCGAUGACGAACAGUGUUUCGUUCAAAACUUAGCCAUGUUUUUGUGCACUUUCUUAAGGGUACAUUCGGCUUUGGUGGAAAAAAGAGAAACGAUGGACACGGUGCUUAAAGCGCUCGGUUAUCUGGUUAUGAUUUCUGAAGUGGAUGAUGUUGAAAUAUUCAAAAUUUGCUUAGAGUAUUGGAAUAGCCUUGCUUCCGAGCUGUACAAAGAAUCGUAUAGUUCAAGCCAACGUCGUACGUUCUACGCCAAAAUUCUGUCCAAGGUUCGCUACAUCAUGAUAUCUCGAAUGGCGAAACCGGAGGAGGUGCUUGUCGUUGAGAAUGAAAACGGGGAAGUAGUGCGAGAGUUCAUGAAGGAUACUAAUAGUAUUAAUUUGUACAAGAAUAUGCGCGAGACGCUUGUCUAUUUGACACAUCUGGAUUACGCCGACACCGAGCGUAUCAUGACGGAGAAGCUAUGCCACCAGGUCAAUGGGAGCGAGUUUACAUGGAAGAAUUUGAAUACGCUCUGCUGGGCGAUCGGAUCUAUUUCCGGUGCCUUUUUCGAAGACGACGAAAAGCGGUUUCUAGUAACCGUGAUUAAGGAGUUGCUGGGGCUCUGCGAACAUAAGAAAGGUAAGGACAACAAAGCUAUCAUAGCAUCGAACAUCAUGUAUGUGGUUGGCCAGUAUCCUCGCUUUCUUCGAGCCCAUUGGAAAUUCCUUAAAACGGUUGUAAACAAGCUGUUUGAGUUUAUGCACGAGACGCAUGAUGGUGUACAGGAUAUGGCGUGUGACACCUUCAUUAAAAUUGCUCUAAAAUGCCGGCGUCACUUUGUCCAGCUACAACCCAAUGAGUCGUGCACAUUUAUUGAGGAAAUCCUUGCUACCAUGAGCACGAUUAUUUGCGAUCUGCAACCGCAGCAAGUACACACUUUCUACGAAGCCGUCGGAUACAUGAUUUCCGCCCAAGUCGAUCAGGUUCAGCAGAAUAUUUUGAUCGAAAAGUAUAUGAUGCUGCCUAACCAAGUAUGGGAUGAAAUCAUUUCACAGGCUACGAAAAAUGUUGACAUUCUGAAAGACAUGGCUGCUGUCAAACAGCUCGGAAGCAUAUUAAAAACCAACGUAAGAGCAUGCAAAGCUCUGGGACAUGCUUACGUUUCGCAGCUUGGUCGCAUCUAUCUUGAUAUGCUAAAUGUGUACAAAAUCAUGUCGGAGAAUAUUACUCAGGCGAUUGCUUUGAAUGGGUUAGCCAUCAACAACCAGCCGUUGAUCAAAGCGAUGCACGUUGUCAAAAAGGAAACGUUAACGCUGAUCUCCGAGUGGGUGUCCAAGUCGAAUGAUUCACAAAUGGUAAUGGAGAAUUUCAUUCCACCAUUGUUAGAAACUGUGUUAUUUGAUUAUCAGCGUACGAAAGUGCCGAAUGCCCGAGAACCGCUGGUGCUGAGCACGAUGGCUUCAAUCGUGAACAAACUGCAGGCUGUCAUAACUCCAGAGAUUCCCAAAAUUUUCGACGCCGUUUUCGACUGCACUUUGGACAUGAUCAAUAAGAACUUUGAGGAUUAUCCGCAGCAUCGCACUAACUUUUACGAGCUUCUGCAGGCCGUCAAUACACACUGCUUCAAGGCAUUCUUGAGCAUUCCGCCGAAUCAAUUUAAGCUGGUAUUCGACUCUAUAGUUUGGGCUUUCAAGCACACGAUGCGCAACGUAGCCGACACGGGAUUGAACAUACUAAUGCAGAUGCUACAGAAUUUGGAGCAGCACCCCCAAGCGGCGCAGAGCUUCUACCAGACGUACUUCACCGACAUCUUGAUGCAGAUUUUCUCGGUAGUGACGGACACCUCGCAUACGGCCAGUUUACAGAACCAUGCGACCAUUCUGGCGUACAUGUUCUCACUAGUUGAAGCCGGCCGCAUCACUGCCAGCCUUGGUCCGUCAACCGACAACGUGCUGAACAUUCAGGAAUAUGUUGCUACCCUGCUCAAGUCCGCCUUCAGUCACCUUACCGAUAACCAGAUCAAAAUCUUUGUCACCGGCUUGUUCAACCUUGAUCAGGAUGUGCACGCAUUUAAAGAGCAUUUAAGGGAUUUCCUUAUCCAGAUUAAGGAGGUUACCGGCGAUGAUGAUUCCGACCUAUACUUGGAGGAACGAGAGACCGAACUGAAAAAGGCCCAGGAGGAAAAGAGGCGAAUUCUGAUGACGGUGCCUGGUAUGAUCAAUCCACACGAACUGCCGGAAGAAAUGCAGGAUGAGUAAGGUUACUGAAUAUGAGUUGUUGUCGUGAGAUCAUAAAUAAAAAAAGUUAGAGUUGCAACAAGGCGUUUCGAAAGCAGCAGAGUAGUUUGCGAAGAGGUAGCAUUUUGAAUUUAGCUUCUUUCCAUUUAAAAGAAUUUAUUUUUGCUUUCUUAACUACAAUAAACAUGGAAUACGUUCAAAAUAUACAUACACACUAAUGAUUCAUGCUGCAUAACAGUAAAUUUCUAGAUAACACACAUAGCGCGAAACACUCGAUCACAUGUGUCAUUAACAGAAGAAAAAAACCAAGACACCGAAUAAGAAAAUGAACCAAAAUCAAUACAGCCAUAUGCAGCUGAAAAUAAACUGAAAACAUUUAGAAAAUCCCAGUUACAGAAAAAUCUAUCAUUAAAGUUUUUAGGCAUCCAGAGAAUGUUUGAUUGUCGUUUUGCGUUGAUGAUUGCUUUUGAAAAGAUUCAGCAAACAAUCCUAUUGGCAUGAAUUCGUGUGCGAUUAUUUUAUAAAAACGUAAAACGGUGUCCCCUUUUUAUUACCUACUUUUUACUACUAAUUUAUAAGACGCAGAAUAUUACAUUAAUAUCUAUUUUACGGAUUAACGCGUGUUGGUAUGUAUGAAAUUUGUUGAUUUAUUGUUCAUGAUUUUUUUCAAACUACUCAAGUUUACUACGCGGUAUAGAGAAGCGAUUAUGCUGCCAGAACUCGUUUCGGAAAAGUUUGAAUUGGAACGGCUCGUAAGCCGAUGUGUGAGAAGCGAAGAAACAGAAUAGUUACUACAUUUUUGCAUUAUAUUUUGAACAUUUGGAUUCAGUUUACGGAUUGAUCGUAUGGCAAGAAACAGUUGGAGGGAUGAGAUGAACAAACAAAAGUCGAGCACAGUGGCAGCGAAGAAGAGAAUGUAUUUUACAGGGCGAGAAUAACAGGAGGGAUUUUACGCUGAAUGUAGUGAUUGAAGUUUAUCAGUAGAGGACACAAUACGAGAAUCGAAAAAAAAGAAAAAAAGUAAGCACUAAUAAUUUAUAAGAGGUAAGAUUUGAAUACUAGUAGUGGACACAUCGUCUAAGGGUGUAGCAAAAACAGUUGAGCAACAGGUGAACACAAACCGGAAUAUAUUGCCGGAAACAAGAAAAAAAGAAUCGAAAAAUUUCAUUGCAAAAUAUGAAGCCACUUCAAAGUAAAAUGUAGAAUCGCGAAGAGUUAUUACAAAAAUGUAUGCGUGUUUGUAUGUUUGUGUGCCACCUAACUCGGAGUGAACUAUUUGCGACAGGUUUAUCUAGACACAAUACUAGCAUUAGCUGGAAUGCAAAUUAAGCUGUUUUUUAGCAGAUCACAAUGAUGGCGAAAACUGAGAUUUAGUUGCGUGCAAACGAAGUGGUACGUUUUUUGACAAAUUGCAAAAACGCAAAAAUAGAAUUCGGAUCAGUAAAUAAAACCAGAAUCAUUUACUAUCUCACGUAGAUCGUACCUAA